CAUGUACUGUUUACACAUUUCACUGUAUUACCAUGAGUCCUCUCUUUCGGUGUUGGUGUUCCUUGUUGCCGUUUCUAGUGUUCAGCAAUAGAGGUCGCUACGGGAGUUGUCCGCUGUUUCUCCCACCAUACCACUCCUCCUAGUUAGUAACGCUGCUUGCCCCCUCACACUUGCUUGGCAAACAUGGCGGACAGUGCAAGCGAGAGCGAAACAGAUGCAGCCGGGAGUGGCUCGGCCGCCCUGUUACCCUCUUCCACCAAAGCGGGGAUCGUAAUCUCCCCGUUCCGACUGGAAGAGCUUACAAACCGACUGGCUUCGCUGCAACAGGAGAACAAAGUGCUGAAAAUCGAGCUGGAAACGUACAAACUCAAGUGCAAAGCUCUGCAGGAGGAGAACCGGGAACUGCGUAAAGCCAGCGUCACCAUUCAAGCAAGAGCAGAGCAAGAAGAGGAAUUCAUCAGCAACACGCUGUUUAAGAAGAUCCAGGCCUUGCAGAAAGAAAAGGAAACGCUUGCUGUGAAUUAUGAGAAGGAAGAAGAGUUCCUUACAAACGAACUGUCCCGCAAACUUAUGCAGUUGCAACAUGAGAAAGCAGAACUUGAACAGCAUUUAGAGCAGGAACAAGAGUUCCAAGUGAACAAACUGAUGAAGAAAAUAAAGAAACUGGAGAAUGACACUAUAUCCAAGCAGCUCACACUGGAGCAGCUAAGACGUGAGAAGAUUGACCUUGAAAAUACAUUGGAGCAAGAACAAGAAGCACUAGUAAAUCGCCUCUGGAAACGGAUGGACAAGCUAGAGGCAGAGAAAAGAAUUCUGCAGGAGAAACUAGAUCAGCCAGUAUCUGCCCCACCAUCGCCCAGAGACAUAUCAAUGGAAAUUGACUCCCCAGAAAACAUGAUGCGGCAUAUCAGAUUUUUAAAGAACGAAACAGAGAGGCUAAAGAAACAGCUCCGAACUGCUCAGUUACAACAUACGGAGAACAGAGCACAGUAUAUAGAAGAGGAACGACACAUGAGGGAAGAGAACAUACGGCUCCAGAGAAAGCUGCAAAGGGAAAUGGAACGGAGAGAAGCCCUCUGCAGACAAUUGUCUGAAAGUGAAUCCAGCCUUGAAAUGGAUGAUGAAAGGUAUUUUAACGAGAUGUCUGCACAAGGACUUCGUCCUCGCACAGUGUCCAGUCCAAUACCGUAUACACCGUCUCCAAGCUCUAGUCGACCAAUAUCACCUGGUCUAUCGUAUGCAGCUCACCCAGUUGGUUUUACACCACCGACUUCAUUGACAAGAGCCGGAAUGUCUUAUUACAACCCCCCUGGUCUUCUGGCGCAUGGUGUUGCAAGACCUUCCCCCAGAAGAAGCAACAGUCCUGACAAAUUUAAACGUCCAACCCCCCCACCUUCUCCAAACACGCAAACAGCGGUCCAGCCACCGCCCCUGCCUCCUGUCCAGCCGACAUCGUCGCAGGCAGCUACUUCCCAGCACCCUGUGCAUCCCUCCUCACAGCAGCCAUAGUGCAUGUCCUCUGCAGCAGCUUCAUCCAGAGUGGACUUGUGACACAGAGCGCUUUACUAAAAGCCAAAGGCUUAACCAGCGUAAUUGGAUUUGACUUACUUGCACUGAGAUUAUAUAGGCUUCACUGUUAACUGUGUUGUAAAUGCUUUGUUUAGAAUGCAGCCAUUGUUGUGGCCCUACAACACUAAACUUAACAAUAUAUAUUAUUGUCAGUGUUUACUGGAAAUAUGUGUUGGACCAUUCUCUGGCUGAAACAUUUGCCACUCAAAUCUUUUGAAAGUACUGCAUUGUUGAAUGUCAUAUCGCUCAACUUCAAUGGCUUUUGAGGCUUAUUUAAGAAAAAGGGAACCCAUUUAUGAUAUUUUUCCCCUCAGUACAGACCUAACAGGCAUAAAAAAAUAUAUAUAAUCAGUAAGCAAAAGGCCUCGGUGUUUUAAUGUGGAUUUGCCAAGCGCUAUUUAGAAUCAGCACUACAUUUUAAGUAUGUAAUAGUUUCUGGUACAAAAGUCACUGACACAUCAAUCAGUGACGGAUAAUUAUAAUCUGUUUGAUGUGCAAAGAGUUUUUAGGAGAUGUUCAGUGACCUGUCUUGGUCUGUCCUAUAUAUCACAUGUGGAAGGUACUGUGUAGAAGUAAAUACAAGAGAUGUUAUAUAUAGUUAGAGAGCAUGUAUAACAUGGAUCUUAUUUUUAAACUGGAUUUAUUUGAAGGUUUAGGGGAUUCUGUAACAUAAUUUAUUAACCUGUAACCCCUUUGUAUUUUUAUUUAGAAAGCAGCGAUCUCUUGCAGGGGGUUCUCAAUACUUGGAAGUACAAUGAAUACACAGUUCUGAGUGCUUUCAUUGGCCAUAUAUAAUUGAAAAGUGUUGUAUAAUAAUAGCUUCAGAAAGCAGUAGAUGAAGAUAGUUUAAUGAUGGGUGUUUAUCUUUACGGAGAUGUUUCAUGCUUUCACAUCCAAGAGUUAACAAUAUUGAAACUUGACCAACAAAAGUGUGUGUCCUGGAUAGACCAUUAAUAAGAAAAUGUGCGUGUUUAUGGUUUACAGAUGUAUGUGACAUCGUAGCGAGACGUUUUAUUGUUUGUGUGAGAGAAGCAAAACCUGGCAAUCAUGCAGCAGCUUCUAAAAGUAUCAACCUGGUACAGUGUUCAAAUACAUCUUUUCCGUUUCAUUGAUACAGUAAGUCAUUUGGUUAUACUUUGCAGUGGAAUAGAUUAUAGGUGUCUUUUUUAAUUGGAAGAAGUCUGUCUUAUUGAGGUGCUGCUAUUGUUUGAGGCGUCAGUCUUCAUAUCCAUGGUCCUCCUUUAACACAUUUGUUUAAACUCUAUGUAUCCAGUUUUUUUUAAAUACCAUCUAACAUUAUAUUCCAUUACAUUACCAUGUCAAUGAGUAUCAAGAAGUAUUGGACUACAAACACAGGUUAGAGAAGUGGAUCUCAAUCCUGUUCCUGAGGGACAGUGGCUCUUCUGGUUUUUUGUUCUAACAGAGCUGUCAGUUACUUUAUUGAGCCCUAAUUUAGCUAAUAAUUUGCUUAAUUUUACUUUUUAAAUUGUGUAGCUUAUAAAAAAUUUGAGAUUUCAAGUUCCUUAUACCAUUAUGUACUUAACUUGAAAUAUCUAACUGUUUAAAAUCGUUUAAGAGCUCAAAUUAGGCACAUUUUCAGUUGAAUUACUUCAGUUAAGUAAUUGAGAGUGUAUUUGUGUAGUGUGUGUAUUUGCAUUAAAUACUUGCUAUGGCCACCAUUUAUCUACUGUUAAUGAAAGGUUACAAAUGCAGCAUUUUAACAUUCUGUACAUCAUCCUCUAGGUUAGGAGUAAUUUUUUAGACAACGAACAAGGUGGUGAAAUCGUAUUGUACACAUCCUGCAUUUAAGUAAAAUGAAUAUACAAUGAG